CGUGGUUCUAGAACAACGAGUAAAAUAUCAGUAAACUCUGAAAUUUAACGUGAAUACUUAGCAUUGGCACUAAUUUCUAUAUGGCAAUGACUCCUCGUCAUAGAGUUAGAUCAAAGCUCGGGCUGUCUGUGCAACGAAGUCGCGAAGAAUCAGAUUCCAGUGAAGAUUCAGAUGACUCAAGCAGUAGUGCUGGGAGUCCUCCACCAUUGACCAGUGAGAGUGAAAAUGAUAGUGAAAGUGAAUAUAUGGAUAAUAAUGAAACAGCUGGUAAAUGGUGGCUAGGAUUGAAUAAGGAAGAAAGGACCAAACGAGAAACAUGCAUAAAAAUACAUGUUUUGUCACCUUUUUUGUUUGGUAUUGUACCACAAGGACAUGAGGAUAAGUUAAUAGAUUGGUCUUAUGAAUGUGGCUUGUUACCGACAAAGGAUGUCCAACAAGUUGUAAAUCCAACAAAUGCCAACUUUCAAGCAAUACAAAUUGUUGAGAAUGCAUACGAAGUUCUCCUUCCAUUCAUGAACAAAAGAGCGAACAUUGUUGAUAUUCUUACAUUGAGGAAUGAUAUUGUUAAGUGUACCAGUUAUAAAUCUGCACUGGAAUGUGCUGAAAAGAAAGCGUGGUUUCCGACAAUGAGAAAUAGUAUCGAUUUACCAGAAGGUGGUAAGAGGGAAAUGGCAUCAAUGGCUCUUAUUCUGUCCGUGUAUCAUUUUGCUGGACAUAUUCAGUUAUCAUAUAGCCAUAAAAACACAGAUGUUCUCAAGAGAUAUAACGAAGACUGUAAACAUGCUGAAGAAAAAGCGUUGGAGCUAAAACAGCACGGGAAUACAGAAUUUGUUGCUGACAACUUCAGAGCUGCUAUUUCCAAAUAUACCAGAGGCGUUGGACUAAGUCCAUUCAACUACAUCAUGUAUGGCAAUAGAGCACAAAGUUAUUUAAAUCUUGGCAACUUCAGACAAGCUUUGAUCGAUGCCAAAAGGACGGUAAUUCUUAAACCUGACUGGGACAAGGGUCAAUACAGAUUUAAACAAGCUGCUAACGCACUUUAUAAUAGUGAAGGAGACGGCGCGUCGUUUUUGACGUUUUGUGUGGAUAAAGAAGUCCUCUGUGCGAAGACUGCUGCAAAGCAAAACGGAGCGCAGGCAGUUAAACAGAACUCAGAGACAACAAAGGGAAACAAUCAUAAAAUUGAAGAUGAUUCUAGUGAGGAAAGUGUACCAGAGUUAGUAUCUGCGGAUGAAAGCGAUACAUCAAGUGGUGAAAGUGAACGUGAAAUGCCUGACCUUUUAGAUGAAAAUGCAUCAGAUUCGAAUGAAUCAGGCAUUGAUGAGGAUGACUAUCACAAAAUUGCUGCAGCUACCAAGAAAGGAUUGAUGGAUUCGUUAGAGUCCAAACGUCCAAAAAAGAUUGGUAAAAAAACUUUGGAACUACUGCGGAAACAGAAGGAAGAGUUAUCGAAAAAAGAGGCAGAGAAAGAACCAGAAUCAAAACGUGUGCAGGAAAAGAAGCCUGAAAAGGUUGAGAAACCAACAAAAAUUGACAAAAAUAAAAAAGUUAAAGAGGUGAUUCAUGUUGGGGAAUCAGUAACUAUUCCCGAAAGAAAAACUCAGGUGGAAGGUAUUUUACGCGAGGGUUCAAAGGCGUUACUUGAAAAUUCUUUCCAAGAAGCAUCAGAGAGUUAUUGCAAAGCUUUGGGAUAUAUUGACGCAGGACCUCGAAAGUCUUUAGGUUAUGCUGACAAGAAAUAUGUCAUUGUUUUGUAUGCGUAUGGAACCUCAUUAAUAGGACUUGAUAUUCACAAGGAACUGGAAGCGGCGAAAAGUACAUUUCAAAAUAUAAUUACUUCUUUUAAAACUUUAAACUUUCCUCUGGCGUAUUAUGGUCUCGGUCGAAUACAUCAUCGUCAGAACAGAUUUCCUGAAGCGAUCGAAACGUUAGAAAAAGGUUUAAGUAUAAUACAAAGUAAAUCUAAUGGCGCGAUAUAUUGGCCUGGUACGGAUAUCGUUAUUGAAGAAACGAAAGAUGGAAACUUAAAGGUCUCAUUUGAAAAGAUUUUAACAAUAUGUAAAUACCCACCGAAACCUGAUGCAAUUUGUCGUUUUGAAAAUUGUCUUGGAGUAAAGAAAAGUAUAUACUGUAAUGAUACAGAUUACAAAGGUUAUGUGCGUAUUAAAUGUACAGAUGCAUGUUUAGUCGAGUAUCAUAUUCAGUGUUGGAAGAAGUUAAAGUCAAAAUUCGCCGACAAAUCAACGGACAAGGAUUUUCUGGACACUUGUUGUUUCACCUCCAGUUGUUUGGGACACGUUGGUACAAUUCAAGUGUACGAUACAGAUGGACUAAAAACAGAGGUUCAAACUGAAAAACCAAAACAUAAAAAAGAAAAACCUGAAAAGGUGGCUACUACGGAAGUUACAGCUGGAUCGAAGAAAAAGAAACGUUCAAAAAAAAAAGAAAAAGAAACGCCAAAUGAAGUCGAGGUUAAACAAAAUGAUGUUGAAACACGCGAAGAACAAAAAUAUGAUGUAACCGAUGAAAUGCCUCCUAUAGACGUGCCUGAGCAGGAUGAAAAACAACCCACGAAGGGCACUGAUGUGGAGACACAAUGUGUCGAAGAUCUCAGCAAAAUCCCAGAGUCUGGAAUGUUUGUGUUAAAGAAAUCAGAUGACGACCAACAAUUAGCUUUACCAAUUAAACAAGCCAAAGGAAAGAAUAAGAAAAAGAAAACAAAGAAUGUGCAAUCUUUGGAUGAAUUCUUGGGUCGUGAUAAUGAACAUUUACGUCUGCGGCCGUAUCAACAUGGGGAUGAUUGUGAGGAUUAUGACGAGAUUCCAUCACAGCCUUUUAUUCGUCAGCCACCUGAAGGAUGGAUGUCAGAACCAUUUUCCAUUCCUGCUCACUUACAGCAUGAAGCUCGAGAAAUUGAGAGUUCUCUGGCGACAUUCUCUCACAAUAACAUGUACCUUAAUAAUGAUCCUUGGAAAAAGGACUCCAUUAGGGAAUAUGUAUAUUCAGCUUUUAUCAACCUACUUAAAGCCGAGGGUUCGUUACAUGUCACGAGUGAACCAAUGAGAAAACUUCUGAACAUUAUGCCUGAAGAAGCGCGGAUACUUGUCCAAAAAGAGGGAGGUCUUCGUGACUUUUUAGCAAAAUCAUGUCUGUUUACUAUUGAAGCAGAUAUUGUUACAAACUUUGAGGAUAAACUCAUCACAGAUUUGUCUAAACCAUACAAGAAACCACAGGAUCCUGCUUUCAUAACUCCAGUUGAAAAUGGCAUUGCAAGAUUGGAGGAAAUAGCAACACCAGAUGGUAUCAUUUCCGAUACAAAUACCGGCGGAAAAUUCGGACCCGUUGGAUCUCUUGAUGGUGCAUUACAGAACAGAUCUCCAACAAGUGUCGUUAAUUCCUUACAAAACAUAUCUCAGACAAGUGUUGUUAAUACCGUACAACAGAACAAUUUUCAAGCAGGUGUUGGCAAUAUUCUACAAGAGAACAUAUCACUUGCAAGUACUGAAAGCACUCUGCAACAGAACUGUAAACAAAAAAUAGACUUUCCUUUGCCCAGUUUUUCCCGAGAAGAGUGCAUGGCAAAUCUGAGUAAUUACGGUAAUGUUAACAAAGAAACUGUAAAUAGUAGUGUAAAGACUGAUACAUGGUUUGAAAAGGGAGGUACGUCAAGUGAGUGGCCUAGCGCUAAAGCGUUUGUUCCAUAUGAUGUAAAAGUACCAAGCAAGGAGUCAGUGAUCACAGAAACAAAUGAAAUAGACAAAAUAUCCGGUAAGAAUAUGGACACAGAAACGUCGAGAGAAAUAGCUACCAACACCGCAAAUGGUCUAGAUAAAGAAAUAAAUGAAAACAUUAACAAGAUUCUGAAUGAUGAUUUCGACUUAAUAAAUAUAUCUACUGACAAAGCAACUAAUGCAGCUGAAAACAAUGGUGAUUCAGAUGCAAAGGAUUCUACAGCAAGGGCAAUAUUAUGUGAGAGCAGUGAUGCUGUCCCAAUAGUUAAUGAAUUGGAGCUUAAGAAUGAAUCUGAAGACACAGUAAAGAAUGAGGUCCUAGACAUGGAUCCUGCUGCUUCAACCUUGUCUCUUGAAGAUUCGGUUGUAAGCGAGACUAAAAUUGAUAAAAAGACAAAUGAUGAACAAACUGAAUCUAUUCCUAUAACUGUACCGAAUGAUGUUUUGGUUACUAGAGAGAUCGCUGUUUCAGUGGAGCCAAAACUGACAAAAGAAAAAUACGUUCAGGCAAAACCAAGUACUAAAACCAAAAUAAUUAUGACAGAGGCAAUGAACGAACCCUUUAAGGCUGAUUAUGAGAAAUUAUUACGAUCUUGUCAAAGUUGGGAGAGUAAAUAUCAAGAAUUACUGGAUAAAAAUAUCCAAAUGGAAAAGAAGUACGGUACUGAUGUAAUUAGCAUGGAAAAGAAACUGCAAGAGUGCGGACAUAAACUUGAGAUAUUGAGCAAGGAGUGCCAACACAUUCAGAAACAUCAUGAUCAUGACCUUAACGUUUUACGUCAGGAAAAACGUGAAAAGACUGAACAGAUCAAGAAACUUCAAGAGCAACUUACCUCCAUAUCCGAAUCAGAAGAAAAGCAAGUGAAAGCAUUGAAAGACGAGAUCUGUGCAUUAGAAAGUCAACAUGAAAAAGAAAAACAACAAUGGUUAUCAGAAAAAGAAAGUGCCGAGAAAAUGAAAUCUUACUCACAACAACAAGCGAGACGGGCAAGCAAUGCUGAGGUUCAGCUUUUGGAGCUUCAACGUGACGUUAAUUUCAGUUUCUUCACGAGAGCACUUCAAGAAGCAGAACUGACUGUACAUAACAUUAGUCAAAUACUGACAGUCAAUUCAACACCUCAACUACAAGAAAUCAGUCAAAAAUGGCAAAGAUAUAUUGCAGAAUGCAAACUUCAACUGGGCCGUAAUAAGAUCAUGUUUGAAGCAAGCAUUCCACAAAUAAAAGAAGGGAAGCCACUUUCGUCAUUAACAUCUCUACGUAUUGCUCGACCUGCUAGUUAUCCUGGACCGCCGAUAUUACAUCUGCCUCCAGGUGCUAUACCUGUCACUGGAAAUAAACAAAUGCCUGGACUAGCUAACAUUAGACCAGAAGCAAAACGUGGCCCGUCACCUACCCCAUCUGGUGGUGCAUCAGGUCGAACUACACCUGGAGCAACAACUGUGGUCAGAAACGAUCCUGUCCGUCCUGCAGUGCAAGCUGAACCUACAAAUGAAACACCAAACAGCAGCAUUCCUGAGAGGCCAAUUGUUGCAGAAGCGAAGAAAGGACAAGAACAACCACAAAAAGGAUCAAACAGCUUUGAAAAAAUAAUGAUGCGACUGUCAACGCUCUUCCCUAAUUAUUCAAGAACUCAGAUGACAAAUUUUAUCAAAGAAGUUCGAGCAAGCAAAAAUGGAUCAUUAACAGGCUUGUCUUUCGAUGAUAUUGUGGCUUGCGUGACCAAGUUGGUGAAAACAAAAGAAAGACAGGCCGGGCAAGCUGUUGCUCCUGUUCCACCAAACGAAGCUGGUGCAUCUGGAUAUAGCGUUCCUAAAACGUCGGGGGGAAUACAAUCAAAACCUGCAGCUCCCAUAACAAGAUCCAUUUCUCUGCCGGCGGCCAAGCCUGUGAAAGCAGUGCCAUCUGUUCUUGGUAGUAUUUCUCUACCAAGCGGUAUUCCUCUGCCCGUCAGUAAUAAUGUAAACUAUGAAGAUGAUCCGUGUGUGAUAUGUCAUGAUGAAAUGACAACAAUAACAAAAAAUGUUUCCUUGGAUUGUGGACAUUCCUUUCAUCAUGAUUGCAUUAAAAAGUGGUUAACUGGAGAGCAAAGUACUUGUCCCACGUGUCGUGUUCAUGCUUUGUUACCUGAAGAAUUUCCUCAACUUAAGUGAUGAUUUGGUUUUCUCCUUCCAUUUCUUUCAAUUUCAUUUUUUCUUGCUUAAUUUCUUUUAUUGGUUGACGAAAAUUGGACGCAUUAUAGAUCAUUGUUCUCGUUUCAUUGUUCUUUGUUUAUAUGCAAAAGAUCGUGUAUCUUGCCUCGCGGAAUUCCAAAACUACACAACAGGAAAAUUUGUUGUUGUGCACAGAAAUCGCUGGCGCACUUGUUUUUUCUCUAUUUUGUUCAAUUGUUUAAACGGGAUCCUCGAACAUUUACAAUAAGUAUAUUUUUUUAUGAAAUUGUGGCUGAAUGUGCGCAUGCAUAUGAAACAAUUUUUCCAGCUGCAAUCUUAUAUCGUUAUUACCGCUUAUAUAUAUAAGUAAAGUUGUGUUAAGCGUAGUAAUAGUAUAGAUGUUUCUCAUAAAGAUUGAUUCUAUCCAGGAAUUUCUGGGACUUUCCUCACGUAACUGAGAAGUGCGUGCAAAACAAGGCUGAACGCCUGCGAUACAUAUACGUUGAUUAUUUGUUUUUCUUGUGAUAUAUAUAUUUCUGUAUAACCCUUGUUAAAGCCGUCAUCUUUGUGAAAAACUAUCAAAAUAUAUAUUGCACGUGCCUAUUUGUAGUGCUAUCAAGCUGGGUGGUUUAUAAAGUUUUAGAAAGAAAUGUUAAUUAAAGUUCUUAUUUUUGUAAAUAUAAAUUGAAAUAUUUAA